GCGGAGGCACCAUGAGCGGCCGGAAGCGCAGCUUCACCUUCGGGGCCUACGGAGGGGUGGACAAGUCCUUCUCCCCUCGCCGGAGUGUGUGGAGGAGUGAUGGGCAGAACCAGUGCUUUCCUCACGUCCUAGACCUGCCACGAGUGGACUUCGUUCCCUCCCACACUGCUUCACUCCACCCCAAGAGCACAGAUCUGUUUGACAUGAUUGAGAAGAUGCAGGGAAGCAGGAUGGAUGAACAACGAUGCUCCUUCCCACCACCCCUCAAAACAGAGGAGGACUACAUUCCCUAUCCGAGCGUCCAUGAGGUCCUGGGGCGAGAAGGACCUUUCCCCCUCAUCCUGCUGCCCCAGUUCGGGGGCUACUGGAUUGAAGGCACCAACCACGAAAUCACCAGCAUCCCGGAGACAGAGCCGCUGCAGUCACCCACGACCAAGGUGAAGCUCGAGUGCAACCCCACAGCCCGCAUCUACCGGAAGCACUUUCUUGGCAAGGAGCAUUUCAAUUACUACUCACUGGACACUGCCCUGGGCCACCUUGUUUUCUCACUCAAGUACGAGGUCAUCGGGGACCAGGAGCACCUGCGGUUGCUGCUCAGGACCAAGUGCCGGACACACCAUGAUGUCAUCCCCAUCUCCUGCCUCACUGAGUUCCCCAAUGUGGUCCAGAUGGCAAAGCUGGUGUGUGAAGAUGUGAAUGUGGAUCGAUUCUACCCUGUGCUCUACCCCAAGGCUUCCCGCCUCAUCGUCACCUUUGAUGAGCAUGUUAUCAGCAAUAACUUCAAGUUUGGAGUCAUUUAUCAGAAGCUGGGGCAGACCUCCGAGGAAGAGCUCUUCAGCACCAAUGAGGAGAGCCCUGCCUUCGUGGAGUUUCUUGAAUUUCUCGGCCAGAAGGUCAAACUGCAGGACUUUAAAGGGUUCCGAGGAGGCCUGGACGUGACCCACGGGCAGACGGGGACCGAGUCUGUGUACUGCAACUUCCGCAACAAGGAGAUCAUGUUUCACGUGUCCACCAAGCUGCCCUACACAGAAGGGGACGCCCAGCAGUUGCAGCGGAAGCGGCACAUCGGGAACGACAUUGUCGCUGUAGUCUUCCAGGAUGAGAACACACCCUUUGUGCCUGACAUGAUCGCAUCCAACUUCCUGCAUGCCUAUGUGGUGGUGCAGGCCGAGGGCGGGGGGCCCGAUGGCCCGCUCUACAAGGUCUCUGUCACCGCUAGAGACGACGUGCCCUUCUUUGGGCCCCCCCUCCCGGACCCUGCUGUGUUCAGGAAGGGGCCUGAGUUCCAGGAGUUUUUGCUGACAAAGCUGAUCAAUGCUGAAUAUGCCUGCUACAAGGCAGAGAAGUUUGCCAAACUGGAGGAGCGGACACGGGCUGCCCUCCUGGAGACGCUCUAUGAGGAACUGCACAUCCACAGCCAGUCCAUGAUGGGCCUGGGCGGUGACGAGGACAAGAUGGAGAAUGGCGGCGGGGGCGGCGGAUUCUUCGAGUCUUUUAAGCGGGUCAUCCGGAGCCGCAGCCAGUCCAUGGAUGCCAUGGGACUAAGCAACAAGAAACCCAACACCGUGUCCACCAGCCACAGCGGGAGCUUUGCCCCCAACAACCCCGACCUGGCCAAGGCAGCUGGAAUAUCAUUGCUUAUUCCCGGGAAAAGCGCGAGUAGAUUCGGACGCCGGGGCAGUGCCAUAGGCAUAGGAACGGUGGAAGAGUCACUGAUCGUCCCUGGGAAGAGCCCCACGAGGAAGAAGUCGGGCCCGUUUGGCUCUCGCCGCAGCAGCGCCAUCGGGAUCGAGAACAUACAGGAAGUGCAGGAGAAAAGGGAGAGUCCCCCCGCCGGCCAGAAGACCCCAGACAGCGGGCACGUCUCACAAGAGCCCAAGUCGGAGAACUCAUCCACUCAGAGCUCCCCAGAGAUGCCCACGACCAAGAACAGAGCGGAGACGGCAGCCCAGAGAGCCGAAGUGCUGAAGGACUUCUCCCGCUCCUCGUCCAGUGCCAGCAGCUUCGCCAGCGUGGUGGAGGAGACCGAGGGUGUGGACGCGGAUGACACAGGCCUGGAGAGCGUCUCGUCCUCAGGGACGCCCCACAAGCGGGACUCCUUCAUCUAUAGCACGUGGCUGGAGGAUAGUGUCAGCACCACGAGUGGGGGCAGCUCCCCAGGACCCUCCCGGUCACCCCAUCCCGACGCCAGCAAGUCGGGGGACCCUGCGUGUCCCGAGAUCAAGAUCCAGCUGGAGGCAUCUGAGCAGCACACGCCCCAGCUGGGCUGUUAGCCAGGCUCCAGCUCUGAAGGUGAAACUGAGCAGGUGAGGCCGCAGAAGCACAAGGUGAAGACGCAGUGUCAACUCCAGGUGGAUAGGACCUCUGCCCCCACGGCCAGCACCAGCCUGUGGGCUGUCCCCUGCCCCCGCCUUGGCCACCUGUCUGGACUGUCUCUGCGGGGCGGAGCCAUCCGGACCCAGGAGGGGGAAGCUGCUGGCAUCAUCCCCACCCCCCAGGCUGGGACAGGCAGUGGUCAGUUGAAGCAGAACUCCAGGCCUGGCUUGCCCCCGCUCCGGGCCCUUUGUCACACCCGGGUGCAUCUCCGGACCCCUGGGGAGCAGGACGGGAGGGCAGGAUUGAGAUAUCUUGGUGUACACAGAGCCCGUUGCAGAGGCGGUGGGACGUGAAACGUGGUGGGAUGGGCACUGGGCUGGGAGUCCCGAGUCCUGGCUUCCAGUAUGGGUUCUGCUGUGUGACUUUGGGCAAGUCAGUCUCCCUCUCUGGGCGCCUCUGCUACACGUGGACAAGAUUAUUUCAGAGGUCAGUGAUGACUGUGAUUCCAUGCACCUGCCCCAGAAUGGGGGAUUGUCCUCCCAGGGGCCCCCAUUGCCCUCCCUUGCUUCUUGGGCUCCCUGGGACCCCAGGUGGGCUGAGGCGCUGGGAGCUGGCUCUGCCUGUUGCCCCUCCUGGACCCUCAAGCUCUACCACAGAUCUGCCGAUGCCCUGGCCACUGCCUCCACGUGACAGACAAGUGACCCCCUUAGGGGGGAGGGAGACCUCCCUGGCUUCUCAGCCAGCACCCAGCUUAACCCCUGCCAUCCCAUGCUCUGGGCACUCCAGGUCGCGGGGUCUCGCUGGCCUAGAGUUAUGGGCCUCGCCUUUGUGACCCCUCCACCCAACUCCCACGGAGGGGCAGCCAGGCACAGCUGCUGUGAGUCCACAUCCUUGUGUGUGUCUGUCCACACUUUUUAGGCACCACGCCAAAGGCCAGCCUUCCGGCCCCAACACCCAUUUUGGAAGCCCCCGUGGCUGUGUGUAUGUCGGUAACAGUUGUACAAAAUAAAUUCUAUUUAUCGCUAUUGUACCCCGA